AUGCUGCCCAGAGCCUGGCUACCCUGGGCCUGCCUCCUGCUCCUGGCCAGGCACGCCCAGCCCUGCCCGGAGGGGUGUGACUGCUUCAUCGGGGAGGUGUUCUGCUCCGAUGAGGGGCUGACUGCCAUCCCGCCAGACCUCCCACCACACGCCACAGAUGUCAUCUUCGUAGAGACCUCAUUCGCCACGGUGGGAGCUGGGGCCUUCAGCGGCAGCCCCAACCUGACCAAGGUGGUCUUCCUCAACACGCAGCUCCGCCACUUGGGGCCGGACGCCUUCGGGGGGCUGCCCAGGCUCCAGGACCUGGAGAUCACUGGCAGCACCUUCUCCAACCUCAGCACCGACACCUUCUCCAACCUGACCUCGCUGGGCAAGUUCACCCUCAACUUCAACAUGCUGGAGGCCCUGCCCGAUGGCCUCUUCCACCAAAUGGGCGCCCUGGAGUCUCUCCAGCUGCAAGGCAACCGGCUCCAGAGCCUGCCCGGGAGGCUCUUCCGGCCCCUGGCCCGUCUGAAGACCCUCAACCUUGCUCAGAACCUACUGGCCCAGCUGCCCGAGGAGCUGUUCGACCCCCUCAGCAGCCUGCAGACCCUGAGGCUCAGCAGCAACGCGCUCUCCAGCCUGCCCCAGGGCGUGUUUGACAAACUGGGCUGCCUCCGGGAGCUCUUCCUGGACGGCAACUCCAUCUCCGAGCUGCCACCCACGGUGUUUUCGGGGCUCUUCUGUCUGGAGAAGCUGUGGCUGCAGCACAACACCAUCAGGCACCUGCCCGGCUCCGUCUUCUCCUCCCUGGGCCGCCUGACCUUCCUGAACUUGCAGGGGAACGCGCUGCGGACGCUGCCCGCCGGCCUCUUCGCUCACACCCCCGCCCUGGUCAGCCUGUCUCUGUCCUACAACCAGCUGGAGGCUGUCGGCGAGGGCACCUUUGCCAACCUGUCCAGCCUCAGUUCCCUCACGCUCUCGCACAACGCCAUCGCCUGUCUCCCCGCCGGCAUCUUCAGAGACCUGGAGGGGCUGGUCAAGCUCUACCUGGGCAGCAACAACCUGACAGCCUUGCACCCAGCCGUCUUCCAGAACCUGUCCAAGCUUGAGCUGCUCAGUCUCUCCAGGAACCUGCUGACCACGCUCCCCGAGGGCAUCUUUGACACCAACUACAACCUGUUCAACCUGGCCCUACACGGCAACCCCUGGCAGUGCGACUGCCACCUGGCUUACCUCUUCAGCUGGCUGAACCAGUACAGCGACCGGCUCUUCAACAUCCAGACCUACUGUGCGGGCCCCGCCUACCUGAAGGGCCAGGUGUUGCCCGCCCUAAAGGAGGAACAGCUGGUGUGUCCCGUCACCCGGGACGGCUUGGGCAUCCAGGCCCCGAGGAUGGAGGACAGGGAGCCCGGGGAAAGCUGGGAUCUGGUAGCGGAGGAGAGGGCAGCCGGGAGCCGGUGCACCUACAGCAACCCCGAGGGCACCGUGGUGCUCGCUUGCGACGAGACCCGGUGUCGCUGGCUGAACAUCCAGCUGUCCCCGAGGCAGGGGUCGGGCUCCCCGGGACUGACCCACAAUGCCAGUCAGGAGUGGGACCUGAGGUCGAGCUGCGGCUCCGUGAGGCUCACUGUGUCUAUUGAGGCUCGGCCCGGGGGAGACUAA